AUGGCCCAAAUCCGCGGCACUGCGGGCUACAACCUCGGCCACCAGAACCCGUUUGGCGGGCCCGGUAGCGCCGAUGCCACCAGCGACCCCAGCCCGCUGGAUGCGAUCCGUGAGCAGACGAGCAAGAUUGAGGACUGGCUAGAUAUGAUGGCGGACCCGGUCAAGCCGUACCUGCCCGCCAUCGGCCGUUUCCUGAUCGUGGUCACCUUCAUCGAGGACUCGCUGCGCAUUCUCACGCAAUGGAGCGACCAGCUGCUCUAUCUCAACGACUACCGGAAGAUUCCCUGGGGAAUCACACACCUCUUCCUCAUCACUAAUGUCAUCGCCAUGGCCGUCUGUUCGACGCUGGUGAUUGCCCGCAAACACACCGAGUAUGCCGUAGCCGGCCUGCUGGGCGUGGUGAUCACACAGGGACUGGGCUAUGGCUUGAUCUUCGACCUGAACUUCUUCCUGCGUAACCUGAGCGUCAUCGGCGGUCUGCUCAUGGUGGUCUCGGACUCGUGGGUGCGCAAGAAGUUCGUCCCCGCCGGCCUGCCUCAGCUCGAUGAGAAGGACCGGAAGAUGUAUGUCCAGUUCGCGGGUCGCGUGCUGCUCAUUUUUCUGUUUGUGGGCUUUGUCUUCUCGGGCCAGUGGAGCUUCUGGCGGGUGCUUGUUAGUCUGUUUGGCUUCGUCGCUUGCAUCAUGGUCGUCGUUGGCUUCAAGGCGAAGUGGAGUGCUAUUAUCUUGGUUGUGCUUCUGAGUGUGUUCAAUGUGUUUGUGAACAACUUCUGGACGCUCCACCCUCACCACCCGAACAAGGACUUUACCAAGUACGACUUCUUCCAGAUCCUGUCCAUCGUCGGCGGACUUUUGCUCCUGGUCAACAUGGGCCCCGGCCAACUCAGCAUGGACGAGAAGAAAAAGGUCUAUUAG